AUGUCGGCAGAAAGUGGCGAUGAUGAUCCAGAACUAGCAGAGGCCAUUCGACUGUCUUUAAUAGAUUCCAAGGCGGAGCAAAUCAAUAGAGAUGCUCAAGAUGUCGGCUUGCAACAGACGCUACGGCUGAGCAUGUCUGAUCAAGCUGGGUCCAGCGAGAAUAGAGCACCGUCAGAGGUUGAGGAGGUAUUCCCAAGUGCUAAUGAGUACGCGGAAGCUAUGGCUCAGCUGUACCAGGCGGGCUUGACGCCAACGUACGACCUUUCUAUGAGUGAGCGUUCCUAA